CAUAUUUCUUUAAAAAGGGGCUUCAUAUAAGCUUUUAUAUUACCAAUUUUUAUUUGCUUCAAUCAAAUCUCUUUACUUUUAUCCAUGACUUGGAAAUUUAUGUUAGUCUUAGCAUGGGUAACUAUACUAAUUUGUUCGACGACGGCUUCGAGUAAGGGAGGAGAAAGUUAUGUUCGCGAUGCAUGUAGUGUGACUCGAUACCAGGACCUCUGCAUGCAUUCGCUAGCAUCAUUCUCGAGAACGGCCAAGAACAACCCUAGCAAGUGGGCCCGGGCCGGGGUCUCGGUGACAAUAAGCCAAGCUAAGGGUGUCACUCAAUCCCUAUCGAAGUUGAAGAAACACAAUUCCUUGAAAGGGAGAGGAAGAGUUGCUCUUUUAGAUUGUGUUGAAUGUUUUCAAGAUGCACUUGAUAAUCUUCACAACUCACUUGGUGUGCUAAGAAAACUUAGUAUUCAAACUUUUAAUGACCAAAUGGGAGAUGUGACUACUUGGCUAAGUGCUGCACUUACUGAUGAAGAUACUUGUUUAGAUGGAUUUGAAGACCAAAGGAGGAGAAAACAAGUUAAGUUACUCUUAAAUAGAGUCACAAAUGUGAGUUAUUUGACCAGUAAUGCACUUGCUUUAGUUAACAAGCUUGCAACAACUGGACCAGAAUGCUUAGAAAAUUCAUAGAAGAAAUUUAGAGAUUUUUCUUACAUCGGUUAAACUGCACCAAAUCCAAUAGUGAAAAGAAUCUUUACAACUUUUUGUAUGUGUAAUAUAAAUCCUUUUUUAGUUGGGUGGGUGGGUGGAGGAAGGGGAAAUUACAUGUCCUCUAAGUUAAAAAUCCAUGAAUUUCUUAGAAAGUGAUUCUAUGUACCUAUGCUGGUGAACAAUCACUUGUAAUACCAACAAUUUCAAUAUUCUUUUUUGUCAAUUUUACAUUUUUA